AUGAUCGUUCUUGAAAUAGCCUGCUUUACCCCCCAGUCGGCCGUCACGGCAGCUGCAGGAGGGGCCGAUCGCAUCGAACUCUGCCAUGACUACGCUGCGGGGGGUCUGACCCCCUCGCUAGACGCCGUUGCGACCGUGAAAUCCCAGCUCUCCAUCCCCGUCUACGCCAUGAUCCGACCGCACGCACGUUCCUUCUGCUACGACGCGACCGACUACGCCACGAUGGAAUCGAGCAUGGAGGAUUUAAAACAGGCCGGCAUCGAUGGAUUCGUCUUCGGGAUAUUACAUGCAGAUUCGGUCGCCAUCGAUAUCAAGCGAAACCAGGCGCUGGUGGCGCGCGCAGAGGGCCGCCCGUGCACUUUCCACCGCGCCUUUGAUUUGAUCCCCGAGUCUGACUGGGAAAGGGCCUGGACGGAUAUCGCCAGCUGUGGGUUCACCUCCAUUUUGACAAGCGGAGGACCCUCCGGACGAAAUGCCACGGACUGCCUGACCCUCCUGGGGCAGCGACUAGUCCCGGGGGCCCGAAGACAUGGACUGGGCAUAAUUGUGGGCGGCGGAGUGCGAGCAUCCAAUGUGGCUGCGCUGUCGGAGAAGACCCAAGCGCCGGCGUUUCAUUCCGCCGCUCUGCUGCCAUCCGAGGACGAGGUGCGAGAGGACCAGGUGAGACAACUGCGAGGAGCGUUGGAUGCAGCCCGGCGGAGUUAG